AUGAAAAGUGGCCAGAAGCUCGAGAUCGUCGGGCCUCAAGAUGAAGAUGCCAAGAAGGCUGAAAAUGACAAGGUGAAAGAUGUUGCGUACACCGACAAGCAGUUGUUGUUUGGCCAUGAUAACGAUGAGGAGGACCCGGAAGGGGAAAUGGAAUGUCCAUUGGUGCUAAAAGCUUGUAAACAUGGGUUUCAUCAUGUUCAGAAACAAGAUCCGCCACCAUGUGAUAAGGUUGCUAAACCUAAUAAUGAUAAGGAAGAAGUUGAUGCUAAAGAUCCUACGAAUUUGAAUACUGAAUGCACCGAGAAAAAGAUUAUGAAUAGUGGAGAGCGAACAACACUUGCCGAUUUGCUUUGGGGUGAUUCGGAGAAGAACUUAUUGAAGGGGAAGUUACGUGAUCCUUUCAAUGUCCCCUGCCAUGUUAGCACAGGUACCGAAUCCAUCAAGAGUACCCUGAUCUCAAAAAAGAAGAAGAUCGAGAAAGAUGAUUCCACUCACCCGAUCAAGAAAACAAAACGACUGAUGAGAAAGAUGUUGAAGAAGAAAAUCUACCCCGAUAUCGCGAGUCAAAAGAAGGAGACUGAAGGGAUUAUCUAUCAGGAUAUACAUGUGCAUGCUACUUGAUGAAUCCAUCCCAGUGUUCGAAAUUAUGAUGCAGUUUUUCUACAUCGAGGAGUGUGUUUGUACGUAUUAACCAUCCCUGCUGCAUGCCAAUUAUUUCCCCUUCCUUUAAUUAGUUAACUGUUAUUUGUAUUAUUUUAUGAUCGAACUAUAUAUAUAUGUAAGGUGGCGUUGCUCAUAUUAUUAAGUUUGUGAUUCGCAUUAAUUUUACUUAAGGGAAAGAAUAUUGUUUGGCGUUUGUUGGUGUUUAUCCAAUAAAAUAAAGGGAAGGUUUAGA